UGCGCUGAUUUGUAUGAAAAGGGAAAUAAACAAAGUGGUCUUUAUGAAAUUGACCCUGACGGAAAAGGAAGUUUCAAAGUGUUUUGUGAUAUGACAACAUCAGGUGGAGGAUGGACUGUAUUUCAACGUCGUCUUGAUGGAAGUGUUGACUUCUACCGAGGAUGGCAAGAUUACAAACAAGGUUUUGGUAACUUGAUCGGAGAAUAUUGGCUUGGUCUUGAUAAAAUACACAGGAUGACAAAUAUUUUACAAAAUGAACUUCGAAUCGACAUGGAAGAUACAUCUGGAAACACUGCAUACGCUCAUUAUGAUUCAUUUAAAGUCAGCAGUGAAAAUACAAAGUACAAGUUGAAUGUUGGAGGUUAUCAUGGUACAGCGGGAGACUCGUUAUCAUAUCACAACGGUAUGGCUUUUAGCACCAAAGAUUCUGACAAUGAUAUUUGUGAUCAAUCCUGUGCAAAGUUAUACAAAGGAGCCUGGUGGUAUCGUAGUUGUCAUGACUCUAAUUUGAAUGGUUUGUAUCAUUAUGGCGCACACACAUCAGCCAGUGAUGGAGUCAACUGGUUGCAUUGGAAAGGACAUCAUUAUUCUCUGAAAUCAACAUCGAUGAAGAUACGACCACGUGAAUUUGGAAAGAAGAAAUAAAGACGUUGAACAAUAAAGAACUAGAAAGAAAUAAGGUUUAGUGCACUAACACGCAACUUGUUGGUUUUUAAAAUAGUGUAACAUGUG